GGCAACAGGGAAUACGCCUGAAGGACUGGAAAAACAGGCUGGGGGGAACGUGGCCGGGACCAAAAAGGCCCGGGAGCUUCGAGGAACCUUAAGAAGCCAGCCAGGCAGCCCUGGAGGUAGGACCAGGAGCCCAGCCCUCGCCCGCGUGUGCAGCUUGGACUGCGCUCCUCGCCUGGGGAGCCCCGGCUCCGAGUCUUAGCUCGAGAGACCAGAGGUGGAUCCGUCCCGCUCCCUGGAAUGGAAGCUCCGUGAGGAUGGGCAUCGCUGCCUGGGACAGCGCCCGGCCCGGUGCCGGGGUUGCACCUCAGUCAAGGAGCAAAAAGCCCAGUCCCAAACCUGGGCAGGAAGCCAUGAAGCUGAGCGAAAGGAACCUGGCGGAUGACAAAGACGGAGACUUGGAGAAAAAGAAAUCGGGCUGGACCUGCUCGCUCGUCGUGGCCUCGCUCGUGGGCGCCUUCGGCUCCUCCUUCCUCUACGGGUACAACCUCUCCGUGGUGAAUGCCCCGACUCCGUACAUCAAGGCCUUUUACAACGAGACGUGGGAAAGAAGGUACGGACAGCCGAUACACCCGGACACUUUGACUCUGCUCUUCUCAGUGACCGUGUCCAUCUUCGCCAUCGGCGGACUCGCGGGGACGCUAAUGGUGAAGCUGAUUGGAAAGUUCCUCGGGAGGAAGCACACUCUACUGGCCAACAAUGUCUUUGCGAUUUCCGCCGCACUGCUGAUGGCCUGUGCUCUCCCGGCGGGAGCCUUUGAAAUGCUCAUCGUGGGCCGCUUCAUCAUGGGCAUAGAUGGAGGCGUCGCCCUCAGCGUGCUCCCCAUGUACCUGAGCGAGAUCUCGCCCAAGGAGAUCCGCGGCUCUCUGGGGCAGGUGACCGCCAUCUUCAUCUGCAUUGGCGUGUUCACCGGACAGCUGCUGGGCCUGCCUGAGCUGCUGGGCAAGGAGAGCACCUGGCCGUGCCUGUUUGCCGUGAUUGCCAUCCCCGCCGUGGUCCAGCUGGUGAGCCUGCCCUUUCUCCCCGAGAGCCCACGCUACCUGCUGUUUGAGAAGCACGACCAGGUGGGCGCGGAGAAAGCCCUCCAGAGGCUCCUGGGCAAGGAGGACGUGUCCCGAGAGCUGGAGGAGGCCCUGGCGGAGGGCCGCACGCAGAGGGGCAUCCGCCUGGUGUCCGUGUGGGAGCUGCUGAGGAGCCCCUCGGUCCGCUGGCAGGUCCUCACGGUGGUGGUCACCAUGGCCUGCUACCAGCUCUGCGGCCUCAACGCGAUUUGGUUCUACACCAACAGCAUCUUCGGGAAAGCUGGGAUUCCUCCGGGAAACAUCCCCUACAUCACCCUGAGCACGGGCGGCAUUGAGACCCUGGCCGCCAUCUUCUCCGGCUUGGUCAUCGAGCGCCUGGGGCGGAGACCUCUCCUCAUCGGCGGCUUUGGGCUGAUGACCCUCUUCUUCGGGAUCCUCACGGCCACGCUGACGCUGCAGGACCGGGCUUCCUGGAUCCCCUACCUGAGCAUCUUCUGCAUCCUGGCCAUCAUUGCCUCCUUCUGCAGUGGCCCAGGCGGCAUCCCCUUCAUCCUGACGGGCGAGUUCUUCGAGCAGGCUCAGCGGCCGGCGGCCUUCACCGUGGCAGGCACCGUCAACUGGUUCUCCAACUUCGCCGUGGGGCUGCUCUUCCCCUUCAUCCAGAAGGGUCUGGGCACCUACUGUUUCCUGGCCUUCGCCGCGAUCUGCUCCGCAGGGGCUCUGUAUUUAUAUUUCGUCCUGCCUGAGACCAAAAACAGGACCCACGCGGAGAUCACCCAGGCGUUUGCCCGAAGGAACAAGGCGCACCCCCUGGAGGAGAAAGUCGACGCAGCUGUUACCGACGACAAGCCCAGCGAAAGGCCUGACGCGGCGGGCCCCUCCUCCACGCUGGACAAGUGCGUCAAAAACGGGAUCAUCUGAGUGGAUGGCCUCGGCACCUCGGAGGACCAAAGACCCCCCUACACAUUUAACAUUAGGAAAUAUUUAAAAAUAAACUAAUCUUUGCUCAUCUCAUCUUGCCACCCUUGGGGCUUUAUUCAUGGCUGACUCCCCCAAACUCUUCUGGAAGCUGGAGGGAGUCACCCCGCACUGUCCCGUGCGGGCCCACGGCCUGCCUCCUCCGUGUGUCAGCGUGUGGUGGCAGCAUGGACCU